GAUAUCGAUUUUGAUUCAUAUUGGGAUGAAGAGGCCCGUAAUCCAAAUCGUAAUCGUAUUCGUAUUGGUCGCCAAUAUCAAGCACAAUGUCCAUUGCUUUUAAAAUCAGGUGAAAAUGAUGGUCGUAAACUUGAAGAAUUGGAAACAUUAACAUGGAAUCCACAUAAUCAAUUGGAUCAAAAUCAAUUAAAUCAAUAUUUUGCUGUUGCAAAAUCAAUUGGUUUAUUUAUACAGGCAAUCGAUACCUGUCAAUCGGGUAUCGAUGAUAAUGAAUGUUUAUCAGAGGAAAAAUGUUUAUUAAGUCCAUUCGAAAUAUUGGAUAAUGGAACUAAAUGUGUUCUGGAACCGAAUAAACAACCGGAACGUAAUAUUCAACAUCCAAAUCCAAAUCCAAUGAUAAAUAAUGUGAUAGCAACAAGUCCAGAAUCUAAACAAAGUGUUACAACAAGACAAAGAUUACACAAAGAAGUUCAACAAUUGCAACAACAAUUAACAAAUGAAUCUGAUUCGACGACAGCAACAACAACGGAUACGACUAUAUCAACAACAACAACAUUACCAUCAUCAUCAUCAUCAUCAUCAUCUAGUUUACAAUCAUCAUCAGUGAAUACGAGGAUACAAAAUAUUGCCAAGGGUUUGCCUGCAUUCAUUUUAUCACAUCAUCAAAAUGGAGUGACUAGUCAGUGUAAAUUGGCAUCCACAUUGAAUAAAUUAAAUUCGAAUGGUAGCGAUUCUUCGGCUACAGCUUUGGAACAACCAACAACAGCCAUUAAUUUAGGUUCGACUGAACGUUAUUCAACAAAAACAUUGGCCAAAUUAUUAUUAGGACGUUGGAAUGAUCUUGAAGCAAAAGUUUUUAAUCAAGCUAUUAAAGAAUGUGGUAAAAAUUUUAGUGCAAUCAAAAAAGAUUAUCUACCAUGGAAAUCUGUACGAUCAAUAAUUGAAUUUUAUUAUCUAUCAUUGGAUAAACAACGACAACAACAAAAACAUAAUAAUAAUAAUCGUCAACAUAGUCAUCAUAAUCAUAAUAAAAUGAAUCGUGAUCAUCGAUCUGAUAAUAAUGGUGAUGGUAAAGAUGGUGAUGAUCAAAAUAAUAACAGUAACAGUAAUAACAACAACAAUAAUAAUAAUGGCAAUAAUACGACAAGUGGAAAGCAAUCAUCACCGGAAAAGAAAACAACACAACGUCAAAAAUCAGGUCAUCAUCAUCAUAGAAAUAAACAUUCAAAACAAAUGGAUGAUAAUGAUGAAGAAGAUUAUAAUGGUGAUGAUGAUGAUGAAAUAAAUUCAGAAUCGAUUAAUGAAAAGAAUUUUGUUGAUAAUAAUGGCAAUGAUGAUGAUGUUGAUGAUAUUGAAGAACAAACAUUGCGUGAAGAACUUUUAUCAUUAGCCAAAGGUGUAAUGGCAAAAAGUGGUGAAAAUAGUAAUGGUGGUAGCAGUAGUGGUAAUAUUGGUAAUUCUAAUGACAUAACAAUCGAUACUAAUCUAAAUGAUGAUUGUCCAUUUACACCAUCAUCACCAUUAAUUAAUAAUAAAUUGAUUAAUAAUAAUUUAUUGGGUGGAAAUGGUAAUAAUAAUCUAAUGAAUGGUGUUGGUGGUCCACUAUUUUUAUCAUCAUCAUCACCUGACAAUCGUAUUUUACCUGGCCAAGAAAUUCGCCCUAUCAAAGCUAAACCAUUGCAAUCAUUUUUUAAUACAACAACAACAACAAAUGAAUCAUUUAUAUCAAAUGAAAAUGGUUCAUUAGAUAAUAAUAAUAAUAAGGAUAAUAGUAAAACAAAUCUUGGUUCAUUGAAUCUAUAUCUACGUGGUGAAUUAGUUGUACGUUUAAAUGCACAACAACAAGAAUCUGGUCAAAAAUGGGUUGAAUUAAUGGCCGUAUCACCAUCAAGACGAAUAAAACGUUCAUAUCGUGAAGAUCCAUCUGAUGAUCAUUCAUCAAUUGGUGGUGGUGAUAUAACCGGUAGUGAUGAUGAUGCUGAUUCAAUAACAUCGAAUGAAAGUUCUAGUUUAGUUGCAUCAUCACCAUCAUCAUCAUCGACAACAACAUUAGGAGGAUCAUCAUCGAAUCAUUCAACAACAAAUUCAACGAAUAUAACAACAUCGACGAAUAAAAAAGCACGUGUAAAACCAUUGGAUAAUAAUAAUGCAACAACUCGCUCGAUCUCAUCACCAAAUUCAUCAUCAUCCACCUCAUCAUCAUCGAAUAAUGGACGUAAUAGAAAUAAUGAUCAUCAACAGCAGAAUGGUACGAUAACGAAACAAUCAUCAUCAUCAUCAUCAUCAUUAUCAUCGAUUUCGAAUCAACCAAAUAUUGAUUUAAUGAUGUCGGAAUUAGAUAUUAAGAAAAAAUUAUUUGAAUAUUAUCAAUUAACCGGUAUGAAUAAUGAUGAAAUGCAAAUGUUAUUAGCUGCAUCGAUGAUGUUUCAACAACAACAACAACAACAACAGCAGCAGCAACAACAAAUUGAACCACCAAAAGCACAUUCAAAUUCCAACAAUAACAACAAUAAUUCUUCAUCAACAACCACACCGACGCCAAUACCAGCAGCAAAAACAACAGCAGCAGCCAAUACGAAUUUUGAUGAAUAUUCUUCACCAAUCAAAAGUAAAUCUACAAAAAUAAAUGGUAGUAAUACGAUGAUGAAUGGAUCAUUACAGAAUAAUUGUCCAGUUGAUUUAACACGUAAACCAUCACCAUCGAUUUCGAAUAAAUAUCAUUCGAAUCAGGAAAAUAAUCGUAAUAAUCAUCAUCGAUCACAAUCGCCUAAAAUUAAACAAAAAUCGAUAAAUUCUUCUAGUAGUAGUCAUAGGAAUCAUGGAUCAUCACCACGUAAUCAUCAUCAUCAGCAACAACAACAACGAUCAUCAGUUUCUCCAUCAUCUACAUCCUCAUCAUCAGCUGUAUCAUUAGCAAUGGCAUUAGCUGCUGCUGCAGCUGCUGCUUCGAAUAAUAAUAAUGGAAAUAAUCCAUUUUCAUUACCAGCACCACCACCAAUUUCUCCAUCACCACGACAACAACAAUCAUCGCCAUCAUCAAAAUCAUCAUCAUCAAUGAAUCGAACGAAAAUUCGUAAUGCUGCCACCAUCAACAACAACAAUACCACCGCUUCAAUCGAUUCAAAUCAGAUGGCCAAAUAAUUUCCAGGAAAAAAAAUUUGGCGAUAAUUAUAAUUAUUAUCAUUUGGCAUCGAUAUUUGGUU